AUGUUCUCUACUAUAGAUAUCAAUAGUAGUAGUAACAAUAACAGUAACACUAACAAUAACAAGAACAGCAGUGCUAAUAAUACAACUAUAGAUGAUAAUGAAUUCAAUAGUUUAUUAGAUAAUCUAACAUCAACUUCUCAAGUAACUAAUUCUUCAAAUACUCCAAAACAACCACAACAGCUACAACAACCACAGCAACAAUCUCAAUACGUUCCACAGAAUAAUCAGAUCCCCACGCCUGCAAGCAAUAGCAAUGUACUUCCCAUGACAAGUCCAAAUAUACCGCCUAAUACGGUUUCUGAUUUAUUAGCUAAAGAUCCAUAUCAAUUAUUCUUAGCUCAUUUAUAUAACUAUCUAAAAGCAAAUGGAUUAAAUGAUUCAGCCCAAACAUUAUUAGCCGAAUCAACUGCUGUUCCCAAUAAUAUAAUCAAUUUAUCACAACAAUUAGGAGAUUCCUCAAUUUUACCUAAUUCAGCAAUGGGAAUUAAUAGUAGUGGUAAUGAAGAAGAAGAUACGUUUUUAUAUGAAUGGUGGUGUUUAUUAUGGAGUCUACAAUCCUCGGUGAAUCCAAAUUUGAAUCAGGUGUUGAAUACUAAUCAACAACAACAACAACAGCAACAGCAACAACAACAGAUGAUGAUGCAACGAAUGUCAAUGGUGUCAAUGGCUCAACAACAACAGAUGGCUUUACAACAGCACGCUGCUUUGCAGCAGCAACAACAGCAGCAACAGCAACAGCAGGCAUUACAACAACAAGCUCUUCAACAACGAUUAAUGAUGCAACAACAGCAGCAACAACAACAAGCAGCGGCUGCUGCUGCUGCCGCCGCGGCGUCCAAUUCCGCCACCCCAAUAAUCGGCCGCAAUCAAUCAAUUGGCAGUAAUAACAAUCUAAUAGUCCCCAAAACAGGAAUCCCCGCACCUCCGAAUAAUAAUAAUAAAAUGGGACCUCCAAGUGGGAAAUCAUCCCCUACUAUAAAUAGUAAUACCAACACUGGUAGUGGUGGUAGUGGUAGUGGUGGCGGAGGUGGUGCACAUCAAUAUGAACCACAAUUGAGAUUACAACAAUUGAAGAUGCAAUUCCAACAACAGGCAAUGCUACAACAACAACAGCAACAAGCACAACAAGUGCAAGCCCAGGCUCAAGCUCAGGCACAGGCUCAAGCACAACAGAGACAACAAUUUCAACAACAGGCAUUACAGUCGCCAGCAAUGGGUGGGGCUGGUCAACCUAGGAGUUCGAAUGCACAAUCUCCCGGUGCAGAUGGGAUUAAUAAAUUUAAUCAAGGUAUAAAUGAUUAUCAAAUGAAUUUAUUACAAAUGGAAAAUCAAAAUAAUUUACAAAAGAAACAAUAUCUUCUAAAACAAAAACAACAGCAAGCCCAACAACAACAGCAACAGGCUCAACAACAGAGACAACAAAUACCGACCCAACAACAACAACAACAAUUCAUGAAUAAUAAUAAUAACGGGAUUAGGAGGACAAGUAUGGACCCAUCCAAUCCGUUGAUUAUCCAUCUGCAACCACCCGUCCAACAACAGCAGCAACAGCAACAGCCGAUAAUGUAUCAAUCCAUCCAACCAAGAGGGGUUCCCCCACCACAGCCACAACAACAACAGUCACAGCAAACGGCGGAUAUGCUAGAUGACGCAAUGUUGUCUGGAAUGUUAGAUUUCACCAAUGAUACGAAUAAGAAAGAUGACUCCGGUGGGAAUGGUGCGUUUAAUUUACAACAGGAGAGAUUGAAGUUUAUCCAACAACAACAACAACAACAGCAGGCCCAACAACAACAACAGCAGCAGCAGAAUGGAGGAGAGAUGAUGAUGAAGGGUGAUGAGAGUGGAGGAGGUGGUGGUGGUGGAGUGAAUGGGAGUAAUGAUUAUAUUAUUGGGACUGAUUGGUUGAGUUCGAUGGGAAGUGGGCCCGGGUUUGCAUAG